GGGAAUUUUAUUUUGGGAACUAUUAUAGGAAUUUUAUUUCCCAAACAAAGUAGUGCUGAAAAGAAACCCGAGUCACCAAACGCCCUACUAGAAAAAUAUCCAACUCUUUAUAAAAGCCCAAACGGGAAUAAUUAUCCGCCUCCUCAAGGAACUUUCACGCACAACACCCAAAACACGCACUAGCUGACUCACAAAUCACAAUCUCUCUAUACCCCUUAUCGGAGAACUUUAGGCAGAAAUCCAAAGCGAAGAUGGCCGGAAUCACUCAGGAUUGGGAACCCGUGGUGAUCCGUAAGAAGGCCCCCACCGCCGCUGCUCGUAAGGAUGAAAAAGCCGUCAACGCCGCCCGUCGCAGCGGCGCCGAGAUUGAAACCAUCAGGAAAGCUACUGCUGGCACAAACAAGGCGGCCUCAAGCAGUACAACAUUGAACACCAGGAAACUUGACGAAGAUACCGAGAACUUGGCUCAUCAGAAGGUUCCCACUGAAUUGAAGAAAGCUAUCAUGCAAGCUCGACAAGAUAAGAAGCUGACACAGGCUCAAGUGGCUCAGCUGAUAAAUGAGAAGCCACAAGUCAUUCAGGAGUACGAAUCAGGGAAGGCGAUCCCAAAUCAGCAGAUCAUAUCUAAACUUGAGAGAGCACUUGGUGUGAAACUUCGAGGGAAGAAAUAAGACAGCCAGCUAAUAGGAAGCGACCCCCCUGCACUGUUUAAUUUUUGGCUGUUCAAGUUGUGGUAUAUAUAAACCUUCCCCAACCCCUCUUUUCCCUGGUUGCAGUAACUUUUAACCAGUCUUAUGGAUGUUCAUGUAGAACUUUGGUCAAUGAGCGUGUUGUUGUUUCUGGAGAAAUGGUUUCCACCUAAAGGAGCUGUUAUGUUAUGUUUGGUACAUUUGUAUCUUCUGCACUGUUUUGGUGGUUUGCUAAUAACAAUGUAGUUGUUUUCCUGUGGUUCUGCCUAUCUUAGAAUUCUCUUACAAACCAAAUAUUUUGCAGCAAACAUCAUUGACAAACUUGCUAUCCUACGUGAGAAUGUAGUUGUUUCACCAGGUUGAAUGUAUUAUCUGUAUAGGAUGUUUGAUAGCUUAUUUGUCCAUUGCAUAAUGUCUGCCCGUAGUGCUUCACAUCUCUUUGUGAAAAGAGAUAUUGCCGUAUAUGAUCUUUCAAUGGAGCAACCUAAGGAUAAUAUGCACUUUUAACUUCAUUUCACAAUGAUCGCUGUAGCCGCCGACUAAAUCAGACCCUGACCAGAGCCGAUACUUCUGAAACUAAAUACUGCCGUAUAGGUGUGACUUGAGUCUUUUUCUCAACUCUUUUUUGUUUAACCAUCCUACCCAGCCCUUUAAUAGGAG